GUUUCAAUAGACUCUUCCUUUCAGUCAGAGCACAGGUAAAUUGUAAUAGAUACCUUAGGUACCUAGGUACCUAACCUAAUCUAAGGUAGGUAGGCGCUUUAUGGAACUGUAGGCUAUUUCUUAUCGGCCUCAAGUUCGGCGUUAUCUCUUCCCCUAUAACUUUUGACUUUAGUCACCAAUUAUCACGCCUUCAAGAUCUAAAGCGGCUAUUACCUACCUAAGGUACCUAAGGUAACCAGGGUAGUCUUUUACAACAACGUUUCCUUGCUAGAAAAAUCAUGCAAGUGCCCCGAAACCAUGGCAUCACCAUUCUCGGCCCCAUCUCGCAAAGGUGACGCCUGGUUUUUCGUCGGCCUCACUUCUUCCUUCCCCGACAUCACCGACUCGGGUAGCGCCGUCCUGUCCGAAUCCCGCCCGUGCGCUGGUCAGGACUCGGCAGUCCCCGGAUGCAAGGUCUUCCACGUGCCUGCCGCGGACAGCUCCCAAGCCCGCCAGAUCGAAGGCGACUCGGUAUUUCGUCCCGAGGGCGGACUGCGGGAUCAAGUGCUCGUGUUUAAAUACAAGGGCAAGGUUCACGCUAUCAAUAAUCGAUGUCCUCAUUCAUCGUAUCCCCUAUCCGAGGGCACUCCGUUUGAUAUCGAGGACUUUGGCGUUGCGCUGAGUGCUGGAAUAAGCUGCCCGAAGCACGGCUGGUCUUUUGACCUGUUUUCCGGGCGGGCAGACCGCGCCAACUAUAAGUUGGGCAUAUGGGAAGUUCAGUUGCGUCCCAAUUCCGGUACCCAAGCCGCAGCCGGUGACGAGAAGGAUGAAGAUGAUCAAGAGGUGUGGGUAAGAAGGAAACAGAGAAUGGGAUGACGUGGCACCCCGAAAGACAAUUGCAUAUUGCUAUGUCUCCUUUCCUGUCCUUCUCGCGAGAGACCGAGAUCUCUAUGUGGCUUUCCGAGCUGUGAUUUGAACAUGUAGACCCUCCUGAUACAAUAAGGCCUAUUCAAGAGGGGUUACCUGUCUGCUUUCGGCCUCCGGAUAGUCUGCAAUAUCAUAUCGAGAUUUACCCUUUUCUCCAUUAGCAAAUUGAACGUUUCCUGGUCUUUUUUAGGGGUUAAAGGGAGGGUUCUGUUUCGCGCUUUUAGAUUCCGGUCCGCGUACUAGUGAUCUUGACGACAAUUUACGUCCCGACGGUCGCAUGGCUUCCAAUCUGACAUUUCAAAGCUCUCGAGUGGGAUAAGUUCAAGGAAAAGGUUUAUCUACGCGAAGGGUGAUUUCAAGGAAAAGAUUGAAGCAAUCCGUCUUCAUAUCACAGACAUGUAUGAGAUCAGCCUUGAGUAUAGAAAAGCUGAGCUACUUGAGAAGGUAGGUACCUAAGAAUGGUGAAGAGUUGAAGUAUUUGAAGUAUACGAAAGGUACGUAGGUACAAUACAUU